GCGUCUCCGGGAGUCAGAGCGGGACUGAUCCGCUGCAGGAGGAGCAGCAGACUGACGGAUACUCUCAUCUACACUUCAACCCAGCCGGGACAUGAAAUCCGUGUUUUAAUCGCGUGGAAACUUGUGUCCAGUCCAAGAUGACGGUGGAUUUUGAGGACUGCAUCAAAGACUCUCCCCGGUUUAGGGCAAAUAUUGAUGAGGUGGAGACAGAAGUUGUGGAGAUUGAGGCUAAACUAGAUAAGCUGGUGAAGCUAUGCAGCGGGAUGAUCGAAGCAGGGAAGGCUUAUGUCAGCGCCAACAAGCUCUUUGUCAACGGCAUCCGGGAUCUGUCUCAGCAGUGCAAGAAGGAUGAGAUGAUCUCGGAGUGCCUGGAGAAGUGCGGAGAAAGCCUCCAAGAGAUCAUAAACUAUCACAUGAUACUGUUCGAUCAAGCCCAGCGGUCUGUGAAGCAGCAGCUGCACAACUUUGUGAAAGAGGAUGUUCGGAAGUUCAAAGAGACCAAGAAGCACUUUGACAGGGUGCGUGAAGACUUGGAAAUAGCGCAGGUGAAGAAUGCUCAGGCGCCCAGGAACAAGCCUCACGAGGUGGAAGAAGCCACCAGCACGCUCAGCAUCACCCGUAAAUGCUUCCGACACCUCGCUCUGGACUACGUACUGCAGAUCAAUGUCCUUCAGGCGAAGAAGAAAUUUGAGAUCCUGGAUGCUAUGCUGUCUUUCAUGCACGCUCAGUACUCGCUGUUUCAGCAGGGCUACAACCUGCUGGAUGAGAUCGAUCCGUACAUGAAGAAACUGGCUGCUGAGCUGGAUCAGCUGGUGAUUGAUUCGGCCAUGGAGAAGAGGGAAAUGGAGCAUAAACAUGCAACCAUUCAGCAGAGGACUCUGAUGCAGGACUUUUCAUAUGACGACUCUAAGGUGGAGUUCAACGUGGAUGCUCCUAAUGGUGUGGUGAUGGAGGGCUACCUGUUCAAGAGGGCCAGCAAUGCCUUCAAGACCUGGAACAGACGGUGGUUCUCCAUACAAAACAGUCAGCUGGUCUAUCAGAAGAAGCUCAAGGAUUCUCUGACGGUGGUGGUGGAGGACCUCCGACUGUGCUCUGUAAAACCGUGUGAGGACAUCGAGAGGAGGUUCUGCUUUGAGGUCGUCUCCCCCUCCAAGAGCUGCAUGCUUCAGGCUGAGUCUGAGAAGCUCAGACAAGCAUGGAUUCAGGCGGUUCAAGCUAGCAUUGCUUCAGCCUACAGAGAGAGCCCAGACACCUACUACAUUGAGCAUCUGGACAGAACAGCCUCUCCAUCCACCAGCAGUAUUGAUUCAGCCAGUGAGCCGCGGGAGCGCAGCGCCCGAGGAGAGACCAUCCUGCAGCGCAUCCAGUGUCUGCCGGGAAACGAGCAGUGCUGCGACUGUGGUCAGGCCGACCCCCGCUGGGCCUCCAUCAACCUGGGUAUCCUGCUGUGUAUCGAGUGCUCCGGCAUUCACAGGAGUCUUGGAGUUCAUUGUUCAAAAGUGCGCUCACUAACGCUGGACUCGUGGGAACCAGAAUUACUAAAGUUAAUGUGUGAGCUUGGAAAUAGUGUCAUCAACCACAUCUAUGAAGGCUCAUAUCAAGAACAAGGUCUGAAGAAGCCACUACCCUCCAGUUCAAGGCAAGAAAAAGAGGCUUGGAUUAAGGCGAAGUAUGUGGAGAAGAAAUUCCUGAAGAAGCUGGGCUCCACAGAGAUACUCAUCAAUGGGGAGAGGAAGUCGGAGCGUCGGUGGAGCGUGAAGAAGUGUCGGAGGCACAACAGCGCCACCACGGUACCGAAAACACGGCGGAGAUACCGACAGGAGCCGGGCAGCACCUCCCCUUCCACCCUCUCCUCAGCAGCAGCAAAGUUCAGACGAGAAUCUCUGUUUUGUCCCGAUGAGCUGGACUCUCUCUUCUCCUACUUUGAUACCGGAUCUGGACCUCGAAGUCCGGCAGGCCUGAGCAGUGACAGCGGGUUGGGAGGCAGCACAGAUGGCAGCACAGACAUCCUGGUGUUUGGCUCAGUGGUGGACAGCGUCACAGAGGAGGAGUGUGAGGUGUCAGAGGACUCGAGUGGUGAAGCAGAGCUGGAGGCCGAGCCAGAGACGUCAGACCCAGAGGACAUGAGGGACCUUCAUCCUGGAGCGCUGCUCUACAAAGCCUCAAAAGCUCGCAACCUGCCGGUCAUGGCUGAAGCGUUGGCUCACGGGGCUGAUGUCAACUCAGUCAACGACGAGGACGAAGGAAAGACGCCUCUCAUACAGGCUGUGAUCGGGGGAUCAUUGAUCGCCUGUGAGUUUCUGCUGCAGAACGCUGCUGACGUCAACCAAAGAGACGCGAGAGGGAGGGGGCCCCUGCAUCAUGCCACAUAUCUGGGACACACAGGGCAGGUGUGUUUAUUCCUCAAACGUGGAGCGACACAGAACGACGGUGAUGAGGACGGUCAGGACCCUCUGAGUAUAGCUGUGCAGCAGGCCAAUGCAGACAUAGUCACGCUGCUGCGUCUGGCCCGGAUGAACGAGGAGAUGCGGGAGUCGGAGGGACCCUUCGGACAGCCAGGAGACGCCACGUACCUCGACAUCUUCAGAGAAUUCUCCCACAUGGCAUCUCACAACCCGGAGAAGCUGAAACGAAGGAGUUUGCACUUCCGACACUCCUUCAGGUAGUCUGCCGAGCCUCCGGAGGGGAACUAAAUACUUGAAAAGAUCAACUUUCCAUACAUUACUCAGAGCUGAGACUCUGAUGCUGUUGAAUAAAUUCCACUAUCAUAUUAUACUACCUGGUCUGAUCCCAGUUAAAGUGCAUUAAAGUGAAGAAAGUUUAGGAUGCUGCCUUGUAUCUCAGAUGAAGCUUCUGCUCUGUGAGGAUCUGCUGGACUUUUCCUCCCUAAUAUAAAUGCAGCGUUGCUUUUGUACAGUGUCAGAUAAGCACUUGUUUUGUUUCUAUUUGUUGUUUUUCUUUUCAGAUUCAUUGAAGGAGUUUCAUCAAAUGCCUAACGUAUAAAUGUGCUUCCUAGCCAGUAUGUGUGCUGCAUGCAUGUACUCUCAUUAUACUUCAUACUCCAACCUGAACUCAGCUACCAAGUGUCAUAUGACCGUCAGUUAUCACCGUGUUGAAGCCGCAGUGUUACUUCUCUUGAUGAGCAGUUCAUUUUGAUAUGAAAUGUGUUUUUGUGUUGCCUCCAUCGACUGUGCUGGUCUAGUCUUUGUGAUAUUUUGUUUAAAUGGACUUUGCAGUGCCACUAUGGGUCGCAGCAAAUGUGCUGUAGAAGUUAAAAUGCUAAUAUAUCUGAAGGAGCAGGAGCACUGAUGAAAGAUGGAUGGAAAUAAACAAUGUUGUCUGUGUUGGA